AUGGAUCGAGAAGACGGUGCCUUCUGGCGGUUCAUGGCCAAGAAGCCCAGAACAGCCUUUGAUAACCCCAAACCCACUUACAGCGUGGCCACCCGGGAUCUUCUCGAAACCUUGAUGAAAGAGGCUCGCCUCUCGCAGCUGCAGAGAAAGAGACUCCUCUCACCGUCGUCGGAAUCGACUCCGACGGUCAGGGUCCCCGUCGACGUGAAGCGACCCGCUCCGGUGAAGACGAAGCAGACGAGGAAGAGACCGCUCACUGCGAUCGUGAAGAGUGGAGUCUUGGAAAGGGAACAGUUUAAUCCUCGUAAUGCCACUAAAGGCAGAGAUCCCGGGGAAAAGGAGAGACUGCAAGACAUCAUGGCUUAUGGAAGACCGCUGAAGCCUGAAAAUUCAGAACUUCUCGGCCUCGAAAUGACCAUUCGCUACGAAAAGGGGCCAGACAAGCCGAGGAUGGAGGAAGCUGGGAUUCAACAGCAUCUCAUCAGUUGCCAUAAAACUGGUUAUUUCCAGCAAGGAUUCAGCUGGGAAGGAGCCGAGACAAGUCAGCUGAGGAAGCUCAGUAAUGUCCCAAGUGUUUUCCUGCUCUGA